AAUACAAUGAGCUAUUAUAUGUCACUUCAUUCCGUAUCGGAAUAACGCUCUUACGAAAAAAUAUUUUAUCGAAAAUAAAUUAAGCUGGUGUAUGUGUAUUGAUUAUCCAGCUUGCAUAAUUAUGAAACGUAGAUUCUGUUUAAUAUUUCUUGUUAGUCUAUGUCUUAUGACAAAGGCGCUAGAAGCACUAAACAUUGAUGCUAGUCCCUGUAAAGAUUGUUUCCAAUUGACAGAACAAGGGAGAGACGCUUUAAAAAGAGUUAUACGUGCACUAGAAGAGCAACCUGAAGAUGGUGCGGCAUAUGACUCUGAUAAAACUCAAUUACGUUCCAUAAUACCUUCUUGGCUAAAAUUCUGGAAAUUACCUGGUAGUAUUUCCACCACUCUUGAAUGGAUUUAUGGAAAAAUCAGCAACUCAAUUGUUCAAUCGGUAAUAACAAAUAUGCUUCUUGAGAUUUUCAUCAAAUGUAAAGCAGUUUCUGAUGACAUUGAAGCCCAGGAUAAGUUAUAUUACCGUAUAAAAGCAUAUAUAAAUUUUACUGCUAAAGCUCUAGGACUCAUAGGACGCCAUCUACUUAGGUGGAAAUCGUAACCAAUUGUAACAUACAGCUUGAUAAUUGAAUAAAUUAAAAGUUUAAUAACAAUUAC